AUGAACGCAGGAAAAGCGCAAGGCGGUGAGACUGCGGGCGCGCGCGCUGCGACCGGUGUGGCGGAUGGUUAUCGGAAUGAAUUGAGUGAAAAGCAAGUUUCUAACGGGCAGAGAGAUGAGACAGCGGCAACCCCAACUACUGGUCGGAAAGGAGAGGAAGACGAAGUCCUGAGAAAAGCAGUGAAGUCGUACAACAAUGAGGACUGGCUCCACAGCCGAUCUGCGCGCGAGGUGCGCAUUUUGUGCGAGUACUUGGAAGUCGAAGACCGCCUGAGGAGGCAGAAGGUCCUCUGCACGUUCCUUCUCUUUGGCUCUGCGCGCGCGCGGAGCCCUGACCAGUGGAAGAAGCUGAUGGAGGCGGCGCAGGAACGUCUCAAAGACCCCGCGACGCGCGCCGACGCUCAAAAGGAGAUCGCAAAGUUGAAGCGCUCGGAGUGGAUGUGCACCUACUGGGUGAAGAUCCGGAACUUGUCACGCAUGCUCAUGCAGUGGCUUCAGACGGAGGAGGCGAGACAGGUUAGUCCGGGAGGAGAAGACGGGCACAUAGGCAGGGCCGCAUUUUUCAAGGGCUUGCGAAGAUUACAGAUUGAAACGGACGUCCCGAUCCGCGGCCGGACUAGGGCGUAUCGCGUGGAGAUUGUCUCUCCGUGUUGUGGGAUGAAGGCCUUCCCGCACACACUGGGCGGCGACGUGGAAGGUCUGAGUGGUCUGCUGGGGGCGUGGCGUAGCGCCCGGAUGCAUCAUUGUCGUGCGCUUUGGUUGUCUUUGCGUUUACGCCCUCUGGAAUCGCAGGCAGUUGCGCGUCUUCUGCGCGAGCUCCCGGCGCCCGUGGGGGGUAGCGGGCAUCACUACACCGCCGCAGACGUCUCUCCGGUGACGGAUCUCUCAGAGCCCUGUCCUGUGGCGAUCUGCACAGGCGGAGGCCCCGGGAUGAUGGAAGCUGGCAACUGCGGGGCGUCUGAGGCUGGCGGCGGUCGAAGCAUGGGCAUGGGGGUUUCGCUGCCUUUUGAGAAAGGCUUGAAUGCGUUUGUCGACGAGGGCCUCGCCUUUGAGUUCCACUAUUUCUUCACGCGCAAGUUCUGGAUGGUCUACUCCGCACUCGGCGUCAUCGCCGCGCCAGGUGGCCUUGGGACGCUCGACGAACUCAUGGAGGUCUUGACGCUGAAGCAAAGCGGAAAAAUGAAGAGGGACAUCCCCAUCGUGCUCUUUGGGAAACAGUUCUGGAAGGACAUUGUGUCGUUUGACAAGCUGGUGGAGUACGGCGUUGCGACGGAGAAGGACCGCGACCAGCUUUUUUACACGGACGACGAAAACGAAGCGUUUGACUACCUGAAACAGUUUUUGCUUGACGACAAACUCGUACUCGGAAACCAGUACGUACACAAAUCUCUCAGGCACGUGACUCCGAACGCAUUCAGCCCGGGAGGGAGCGGAGGCCGGGGCUCUGACUACUCAGAGGCAAUUUGA